AUGUCAGAGGUCAUACUGACUCAAGCACCUGUCCGAGACCGGCACCUGCUUUCAAUGAAAACGUUAAACCUUAAAGGUCAAAACUCGGGACCCCCUCAGAUCCACCUCUCCCCACCCCGAGAACCCCUGUUCCAAGCUCCCCACCCCGAUCCAAGCUCCCACCCCGAGAACCCCUGUUCCAAGCUCCCCACCCAGAGAACCCCUGUUCCAAGCUCCCCACCCAGAGAACCCCUGUUCCAAGCUCCCCACCCCGAUCCAAGCUCCCCACCCAGAGAACCCCUGUUCCAAGCUCCCCACCCCGAUCCAAGCUCCCACCCCGAGAACCCCUGUUCCAAGCUCCCCACACCGAUCCAAGCUCCCACCCCGAGAACCCCUGUUCCAAGCUCCCCACCCCGAUCCAAGCUCCCACCCCGAGAACCCCUGUUCCAAGCUCCCCACCCCGAUCCAAGCUCCCACCCCGAGAACCCCUGUUCCAAGCUCCCCACCCCGAUCCAAGCUCCCCACCCCGAUCCAAGCUCCCCCUCCCGACCCAAGCUCCCCACCGUGAUCCAAGCUCCCCACCCCGAUCCACCCCGACCCAAGCUCCCCACCAAGAUCCAAUCUCCCCACCCCGACCCAAGCUCCCCACCGUGA